AUGUCAACGAAAAAAGAGUGAGAAAAUGAAAAAGUUGUUCAUUGUCUUUAUUUUUUUUUUCCGAAUAUUUUUUCAGAGAGACACUUAAAGACAAAUCAACAACAUUGGAUUCAAGUAAGUGUGAGAAGAACAAAAUCUUCUUACUUAAUUUCGAAAAAAAAAACGAGGAAAAGCUGGGGUUUUUUCUUGUUGGUUGGCUGGAAAAUGGAAUCUCAUAAAGUUUGACGAGAUAAUAGAUUGAGUGAGAUAAAAAUGCGAAACAAAAUGAGUUGUGAAAAGAAUUGAGGAAGAAGGGGUUUUAUUUUCGAGUCCAUAUUUAAUCGAAAACAAAAUAUGAAUUCUCAUCGGGACCAUAAAAAUUGUAUGAUUUUUGAAAUUUUUCAAAAAAAAUGUGAGCCAGAUUGUGAGGAAAACACAUUUUUGCUCUCUGAAAAAAAUAUGAAAAAUAAAUGAAAACUAAACUGAUUAAAAAAUGGAGUUCAUUUUUGUACUUUUAAUGUAGCCACGGGAUUUUGGAGCAAAUAAACAAAAAAUGUUUCUAUUCAAAAUUCUCAACUUAUUUUUGAAUUUAAAAUUUUCAGUGAAUAAAUCGGAAAUCGUAGAAGGAUGGAUGGAAUCAAUCGGUUCAAUUUAUGGUUCUCUAGAAGUUCGAGAAAAUGUUAAUAGCCUUGAAUCGCAUUGCAAACCAGCUCUUGAAUCAUUGAAAAUUGUGAGUAUUCCAGGAAAAAUCUUAUUUUUUUCAUUAACAGAAAAUAAGUGAAAAGAAAGUAAAGUACAAUUUCAAUUUCAAUUUUUUCUCGAUGAUGAUGAAAAAAAAAAUAAUAAAGCUUUCACAUCGUAAAAAAUAUAAUUAUUUUCGUAUUUAUUUUGCUCAACUGAAAUAACUACAGUAUUCCUUUUUUUCAGAUUCGUCCAAUGGUCAGCGAAAAACUUGGUGAAGAAAUUGACAAACUUUUGGCAUAUUAUGAGACAAUGACUGAAAUUUGUCAAAGAAUGCAAGAAAAAAUGGAAAUGCCUGAUGAUGAAAGUUUUCCAUGUGUUACAAUGAAAUGUAAGUGGGCUCUAAAUCUAACAUUUUUGAAAAUUGGAAUUUUUUAGCCGAUAGUAAGAUCACCGAUUCAAAAAAGCCGAAAUAA